AUUUUUUUCUUUUCUUUUCUUAGAGUAUUUCUACAGUGACAAUUUAAUAUUCAUACGUUCAAAGAAACUUUUUAAAUCUUGGAUGUUUUUUUUUCCUUUCCGUUUUCCUUGAACUAAACAAAUUCAGACAAAGUCACAUGACUCCAGAGUUCUGUUGUCAUUUGAAUUUAAAUUUUGUUUUGUGGAAUUUUGUGGCUCAGCUGUGAAACUAUCACCCUCAAAUGGCUAUGGAGCAAACCGCUGUGGACGUGCAGUUAAAAAAUGAACAACUCAGGCAGGAAAAUGAUCAGCUGAAGUCAAUAUUAAGUGUGGUCACAGGAAACAUAGACCUGAGAACCGAGAUGCAGAGCUCCAGCAAAGACACUCUGGAGGAAUCAACAGUUUUCGGUCAGCGCCGAAGCAGCUUUGAUGAGAAGCAAUUCAGAAAAGACUUGGAACAAACCAAACCCAAACAGGAACCUCAGACUUCAUCUUUCAUCAACUUCAAGUCUUUCAUCCAAAGCUUUCUGCACAAAGACGACGAUGAUAGAGCAGAGCUUCAAAGCCACGAGACUGAUGCCUCUCUUGAUAGCAGCAAGGUUUCAGACCCAAACAGGCUUCUUGGAGAGAUUGCGUAUCAGCUGGAUAGGAGAAUUCUCUCUCAUAUCUUCCAGGGGCAUAAAAGGUUCUAUGGUUUCACUCUGACCAAUAUACCAAACAAGAUCAUAGAGGUUAGCACACAUCCACUGACAGGGAAGGUGGAUCAAGGCUACCAGCUUCAUCUCACUCAGAGGUAUGCAGACCUUAUGGAAAGGCUGAGGCAGCUUGGCUAUAAAGAAGCACUUCACGCUCCUUUUACUGAGUUCAUUGUCAACACCUAUGGGAUUCUAAAGGACAGACCGAAUGAAUGCAACACAUGGGAAAUGGAUUGCAAUAAUCCAGACUUCUUGAGGAAGGUGAUAACAACCACUGCUCCUAGCAAGCUUCACAAGGACCUGCUGCUUGUGCUCACUUGCCUCUGUACGAUGGCAGAAAUGGACGGGAUGCCUCUUCUUUUCUGGUAGUCCCAGCUCAAUCCAAAUUUGGGUUUGCACCACCCUUAACUGGAAUAAAGGAUAGUACAUGAUAAA